GUAUUGCGUUUGCGCAGUGAAUGGACACGUCAUUCAUGAAACUCCUCUUUCGUGACGACAAUUGACAGACAUUUUGGUGAAAAUGAAUCCCGAAUACGAUUAUCUCUUCAAACUGCUUCUGAUUGGCGAUUCUGGAGUCGGAAAGUCAUGUCUUUUGUUGCGUUUUGCGGACGACACGUAUACCGAGUCUUAUAUCUCGACGAUUGGCGUCGACUUCAAGAUCCGAACGAUUGAAUUGGACGGAAAAACCAUCAAAUUGCAGAUCUGGGACACGGCUGGCCAGGAACGCUUCCGCACCAUCACGUCCUCCUACUACAGGGGCGCCCACGGCAUCAUUGUUGUGUACGACGUGACGGACGUCGAGUCUUUCAAUAACGUCAAGCAAUGGUUACAAGAGAUCGAUAGAUACGCGUGCGAUAACGUCAACAAACUUCUUGUCGGCAAUAAAUGCGAUCUCACGGCCAAAAAAGUCGUCGAAUACGCCGCAGCCAAAGACUUUGCCGAUAAUCUCGGCAUUCCGUUUUUGGAAACGUCGGCCAAAAACGCGACAAACGUCGAACAGGCCUUCCUUACAAUGGCUGCAGAAAUCAAACAACGCAUGGGACCCGUCGGAGCCGCCCAGGGAGGCGUCGGUGCGAGUGGACAGACCAUCAGUCCGGGACAAACAACAGCCGUCGGAUCCAAGACUUCGGGAUGUUGUUAAUUAACCGAAUUGUCCGACGAUUUCAUUCCUUUAAAGAGUUAUUAAAAACAAAUUAUUUUAGUCUUUCUUUUGCUCGCGAGAUGUCUCUCUCU